UUAAAGAAGAAGAAUUUCCUGCUACGAAUGUAUAUACCCAUGUGGCAUCAAGUGCGGAACCUUUGACGGAGAAUAAUCGUAAAUCCAUGACAGCAAAUGUUAAAUUGGCAGCUUACAACACACUUUUGAGUCAAGAUAAAAAUUGUUCCAAAUUUUCAAAUGAUCAACAAAUUUUCAACUUUGCAAGCGAUGAUGUUUCGAAAAAUGCUGCAACUAAAAUUCCUGGAAGAUUGUUUAAACCUUUGAGCAAUUACAUGAAAUCUAUUGGUCAAAUUUCAUCUGGAAGAAUUGAAGGAACAUGUUGGCUUGUGACUGCCAAUCUGGUGAUGACAAACCAUCAUGUUUAUAGAAUGUUUAUGAAGGAAAGGAAGGAUUUUGGAAACUCAAAAUUGCCCAUCAUAGUUUCAUUUGAUUAUUUGUACGCAGGAAAAAGAAACCAUGCUGUCAACAUAGAAGUUGAUGACGAAUGGGAUCCCAGCAUGCAGUUUGAAAGUUCUCAGUUGGAUUACAAAUUUUUGCGUUUGAAAGAAGACGAACGUAUUAGAGGACGUGAACCACUUGGCCCAAUAGUUCGCAGUCGUCCAUUACAAGAAGGUCUUGUUAUUAUCGUGGGUCAUCCAGCGAAUAGUGAAAUUUAUCAAGAAACAUGCGUUGUUGUCAGCAGUUAUUUAUGGCGUCAGAAACUUGGAGAAAGGGGAAAGAAACUUCUGGGAAUCCCAAGGCAUGAGAGAGUUUCUAUUGGUUUGAACAUGACCAACAACGAUUUGCUACGUUGCAACCAAGCAUGUCUUCCAUACGACACAACCUUAUUUUCUGGUGCUAGUGGUUCCCCUGUUUUUGAUCUGAAUGGAAACAUCGUCGCGAUGCACACACAAGGAUACACACUAGAUGACGGGAAAAGAACAUUUCCUUUGAUGGAGUUCGGAGUUCAGCUUAGUGCAAUUUGUGAAGACAUGAGACGCUGUCAUGUCGUAGAAGAAUACUUUCCAAACCACGAAGUACGCGAAAUGGAUACGGACUAA